CUAAAGUUUAACAAACAUUUUGUGUCUUUCCCCUAGUCCAAUAUGAUAAUCGUUUACAAACAAUGUCUUAUAAGAUAAAAAUGCCUAUAUAUAUUAUAAUUGACUGAAGUAAAACAAUUAAUUUAGAAAUUAAAAUGUCAGGGAUGGGAAGCUGGGUAUUGUGCUUCUUAUUUUUGUUUGGAAGUGGGUUACCUGUUCCUAUAAUGAAUGACACAAAUUGGAUAAAGGAUUUAAUUUUAACAGCUGAUGUCGUAGAAGAAAGCGCAGUCCCUGCAAUGCCACUUCUAUUUCAUUUCAAUGACAAAAGCUAUUACAUUGGAUCUAUAGUAAAGCUAAACUUUUUCGAAGCUGAACAGUUUUGCAGCUACCAUGGUAUGAGAUUAUUAAGUAUAACGUCGAACGAUGAAAAUGUUUUCUUAGGACAAAGUCUCAUCGAUCACGGUUUCACUUCAGCAAGUGACAUAUUCUGGACGUCAGGUACAAGAUUGCCUGAUGAGGAACAUUGGAUCUGGCUGACAACAGGUUCCCGCAUUGAUUUUACAAACUGGGCAGUUGGGGAACCAAACAACGUUGGUAAAGUGGAAAAAUGCCUUGAGGUGAACAGAAUAAAAAUACCCAAGAAGCGUGAUCUCUUUUGGGGUGACCAGAACUGUGCCGGGAAGCUUUAUUUCAUUUGUGAAUACAAGAGGCCGAAGACGAUUUCGUAUGUGAUUGACAGAUUAAAUAAGUUAGUGAAUGCUAGUGACAUAGAAAUAGUAGUGUAAGUGUGAUUGCAACAAAUCUUCGAAAAUUUGUUUAUAAGUUAUAUAAGAAUAAAUACAUUUUUUCAUAUAA